UGAAGCUUCCUUUGUGUAAAAAAAUAUUUCUCGAUAAAUUAAGUAAACAUUAUGUUAAAUAGGUGUAAGUGAAAUACUAUCAGAAUGAACGAAAUUAAUAUAAACAUUGAAGGGUACAAUGUUAACGGUAUAUGUGUUGGGUGUCUGUGCUACAAACGCAAAAUGUUCUCGACCGACGAAAUAAAAUAUUGCUUUAAGUUACUUGGUGAUAUCGAUGUACCUGAUGGCCUUACUAUUCAAGUGUGCUGGGAGUGUAAGGCAGCUGUGGAUAGGAUAUGUAAAUUUCAACAACAAAUACAGUAUUCAUAUAAUAUACUCAUUAAUUACUCCCGGAAGCAUCCAUACCUCUUAUCACCGGAUGAUCUAUCAAAAUAUAGCUCAACCCGGCUGUGUUGUGAUUACACAACCCAUGCUGUCGAAGACUUAAAUGUAUUGGAUAAGUUGGUGAAGUCUGAGAAUGAAGAUAACUUGAAUGUAGAUCAAAUCGGUGAAGAGGCAGAACUUAGUCCGAAAAUCAAGUAUGAACCCGAAGAUGGCAUACCGUCGGAUUACGACAACGACGUCAAGGAUUUCAGUCCUGCAUCAUCCGAUGAUGAUAAUAUGUUGCUGGUGAACUUGAAGAAGAAAGUCAAGAAGGAGGAGAAGACCACAAAGAAGAGCAAGAAGAAGAAAAAAGAAACACAGAAACGGCGUCUCAAGAACCUUCCGGGCGAACUGAUACAGCUGCACACGAUGAGUGAAGCCGAAAUGUGGAUCGUUAGGGAGCAGGACAUGGCGGCUGAAGCUUUUGUUUCGCUGAAGUACAAGUGCAUGGACUGUCUCAGGAGUUAUAACACGCAGAAGCUGAGGGACGAUCACAUGAACAGUAAACAUACUCGGAAAAAGGAGAAUACACACCAGUGCGACAUUUGCAAGGGCUACUUCAUAUCUAAAGAUAAUUUAUCCUUACACAAGGAGCGACAUCUAUCGGCCUAUAAGUGCCGGGAGUGUGGCCUGGUGUCGACAAUGAAGAUUAUUAUAAUGGACCACGAGUGUGCCAAACGGAAGGGUUUCACCUGUGACCUAUGCGAUAUGUCUUUUACAUCAAAUACUAAGCUGUCCUAUCACCGAAACGUCAGUCACGAGCAGAAGCCGCAGUGUGAUUGUUGCGGUAAGGUGUUCGCUAACAAGAUAACACUGGGACAACACAUCCGGACUAUGACGUCACAGAAUAGCCCAAAAGAGAAGCUGUAUCUUCCGUGUAGCGGCUGCAACAAAAUAUUCAAUUCUAAGAAAAGUUUACGAUCACACGUGUCGAUCCACGAAGGCAUCAAGUAUCCGUGCCAGAUCUGCGGGAAGCUGUUCCAGUGGAAGAGGAACCUGGCGCGUCACAUGAGGAACCACAGGGAACGCAACAACGGCAUGAUCUACAAGUGCCACGAGUGCGGGAAGAACUUCUCCAGCAGGGAUUGUUACAACAAUCACAUGAAACUUAGCAAGAAACACGUAUCCGAAAGCGCUCUGGAACACGCGUGCCAGUAUUGCAGCAAGAAGUUCGCGAGCAAGUGGUGUCUGGUGGAUCACGUGGACUGGGAGCAUCUCAAGAGAUUCAAAUACCGCUGCAGCGUCUGUUAUAAGCCUUUCAAGACAGCCAAGAUAAUGGUGGCCCAUGUGAACAAUAUCCACGAACGUAAGAACAAACUGAUGGAACAGGAAAGUGAACACCUGUGUGAAAUCUGCGGGAAAUCUUACAAGACGGCUAAAAGACUGAAGGGUCAUGUGUGGGCGAUGCACACGAAACGUUCGGGGACCAAGAGCUACAAAUGUGAACUAUGCUCAGCUUCGUUCACCUGGCAGACCUCCAUCUACAAACACAUGAGGAUGAUGCAUGAUAACUGUAAACGGAAGUUAACUUAG